AUGGCGCAGGGGAACAGUAAGCCCACAGAGUACGUCUUCGACAGGGAGCUGGCAGAGUCCCUCGUUGAUCUCGAGGUCCCGCAGGACAUCAAGUUCUCCCCGGACGGCACAAAAAUCGUACAUGUCGCCGGACGCGCGGCCGAGGUGAAAAAGGGGGAGAACUACGUGUCCAGCCUGUGGCUCGCCUCCAGCAGCUUACCCGGCUCCGCGCGGCAGCUGACGUCGGGCUCGUUCCACGACAGCGGCCCGACAUGGCAUCCCGACGGCAACCGCAUCCUGUUCUCCUCGGACCGCGCCGAGGCCGGCAGCAAGCAGGGCGUCUGGCCGCUGCGCCUGGACGGCGGCGACGCGACCGCCGUCACGCCGGCCGACGCGGACGAGUCGGUGCAAAAGUGGGCGCUGUCGCCGGACGGCAGGACGGUCGCGUACCUCUCGGCGGACGAGGCGAGCGAGGAGGAGAAGAAGAGGAAGGGCACGGACGAGGAGGAGCAGCCGGACGUCUGGGGCGAGAAGUGGAAGUACGCCCGGCUGCGCCUCGUGGACGUGGAGACGAAGGAGACGAGGGUGCUGGUCAGCGAGGAGCGCCACGUUACGGAUCUGACGUGGAGUCGCGACGGGAAGGAGAUUGCGUUUCGAAGCAACAGGAACACGGAGCCGGAGGAGUCGGAUAUUUCGGGCGGCACAAUCUCCACCGUCGACGUCGCCUCGGGCGCGGUCAGGGACCUGACCACGGACCAGGCGCAGUUUGUCAGCCUCACGUGGGCGCGGGACGGCAAAAUCUACUUUAUCGGCAUCACGCCGGUGGGGGAUCUGUUUGGAGGGUCAGCCGUCUUCUACGUGGAUCCCGCGGAGGACGCGCCGUCGUUGACGAGGGCGGCGUACGGAGAAGACGACGACGCCGUGGAGCUGCGCGAGGUUGGCGGCAGAGUGCUUGCCAAGCGCGACUCGCGACUGGUCAGCGUCGUCAGCGAGGUCGAGGGCGGCGAGCUGUUCCGCUUCCCGGACGGGGAGAUUGGCGACUGGGACGUCUGGUUCGAUCCGGAGACGGGGGGCGCUCGCCUGGCGACGGCGCUCUCGACGAUCAACGACCCGUACGAGGUGUUCGUGGUCGAGGAGGGCCGGGAGAAUGUCAAGCUGUCGGAGCACGGCAGGGCGUUGGGCGACCGGAGGUUUGGCACGGGCAGGGUGCUCCGGUGCGGGUCGACCGACGGCGAGGUGGAGCUGGACGGCAUCUACUUGGCGCCGGCUGACGCGACCGACGGCGAGGGGAAGCCGAGGGCGCCGCUGCCGACGCUGGUCAGCAUCCACGGCGGACCGAGCGCGAGCGACGGCGUCGGGUGGGACGUGUUCGGGCGGUACUGGACGGCGCUGGCGCUGGCGCAGGGCUACGGCGUGCUGCUCCCGCAGUACCGCGGGUCGAGCGGGCGCGGCUCUUCGUUUGGCGCGUGGAGCGGGCGCGGCGUCGGCGUGCAGGACCACGCGGACGUGGUGGCGCUGACGGAUGAGGCAGUGCGGCGGGGGUGGGCGGACGCGGAGCGGCUGAUGGUCGGGGGAUGGAGCCAGGGUGGUUACCUGGCGUACCUGUGCAGCGGAGGGGGGGGACGGGGUGGAGGUGGAGGGCGGCGAUUGCGGGCGCGGGGGUGA